AUGAGGGCUACUCACCAGACAAUGCAGGAUACAGAAGCUGGAGCGGAUGUGCCAUUUCUCCGUGAUGAUGAGCCAAAGGAGGAUUCCUCUCCUGAUUUCUGUAACAGUCGUAUCGAAUCCUCGCGAGACUCGAUCACUCGCCUAUCCUUCUGGCCAUAUCUCUGCGGCAUCCUGCUUAUCAUCCUGCUGAUGGAAAGCUCGUACCUCCUGGCCACCUCGAUCACACACGACAACCAGAGCACAGAACUUGCAUACCUACAACCGCACAUCAAAACCCAUGAGGUCCGCUUUAGUGGCGCUAUCCGAGCUACACCAGACGGCAAUGGCCUCUACGUCCCUGAGCCCGCACUCGACAACAAAGGGCGGCGCUACACUGGACAACCUUCGCCAGAAGUAGACGCAGCAUGGCACGACCUUGUAUACGGCCGUUACGUUCGCUUCACCGACUCCGAAGUCGACUGGCUCAACAACGACCCCGACCUACCACCUCUCCUAUCCCUUACCCCCUCACCCCGCAACCCACUGAUCCCAGAACAAGGCUUCUACGGUGGCCCAGAUAUGCUCCACUCCCUUCACUGCAUCAACGGUCUCCGCAAGCAUUUACACAUGGACUACUACGGCCCCAGCAUGAGCGGCAGAAAGAAGGAGUAUCAGGAUUUGCAUAUCGAUCAUUGUCUUGAGCAGUUGAGGCAAGCGGUGUUGUGUCAUGGUGAUAUGACGCCUGUUACUCUGAAGCCGGUGAGGAAUGAGAGUGGGGAUGUGUGGGCUUAUUUGGGGGAGACGGAGAGGGUGCAUGUUUGUCGGGAUGGAGGGGAGUUGGGCAGGGUGUGGAGGGAGAGGGGUGAGAGGGAGGGGAGGAUUGAGGCGGAGUGA